AUGGAGCCCAACAGCCCUAAAAAAAUACAGUUCGCUGUGCCACUGUUUCAGAGUCAAAUAGAUCCUGAGGCAGCUGAGCAGAUCAGGAAAAGGCGGCCAACACCAGCAUCACUCGUCAUCAUGAAUGAACAUGUGCCCCCGGAAAAAGAUGAGAAGAGAACAAAUAUCUCACAGGCAGAGUCUCAGAGUGCCUCUCCCAAGCAAAGGAAGCAGAGCGUCUUCACCCCGCCUGCCCUCAAAGGUACUGUGCAG